CCUACCGUCGUGUGGAUCUUUCCUCGUCGUAGAGAAAGAUCCUAAGGCCGAGUGCGAUCCGAGUGUCCACUGAGGCGGCCGGGAAAACGGAGGGAAAUCGGGUGAAUCGACGAUACUCACGAGGAACCGUCGAUUGGAUCUCUGCAACUGCUGCGUUGGAUAAAACUGAAAUUAAGAUCGGAAGUAAAUCUUGUUGCCGUUGGAACGAAGCGUUUCGAUCUCGGAGGUUCAAUGGGAAGAUGAGGAGUGGCACGAUGGGGCGAUGUAAUUGACUUGAUGAGGGAAGGAAUAUUUAGUGAGGAUCGUGGUAAGGGACGUUCUGAAACCUACUAUUCGUUGUGUUAUGGUGGUGAGGACUGUUCAGGACAGACGCGGUAGAAAAAGAGGAAGAAGAAGAGGCCGCGAGGGUGGUAGGAUUUCUCUCUGAAGAUAAGAAGAAUUCAAAGUGACAAUUUCCGGACAACAAUUCGAUUCUGCAUAUCAGAAAACGAUGGGUGUAGCAAGGCCGUGCCAAUGGUUGCUCAUGGGAAUAGUCCUCGUGAUCUCCUCGAACCGUGCCACCAGUCAGCAAGAGCCAGGAGCGAGUCUAGACAAAUUCGAUUCAACGCUCAGUCCCGUAUACGUCGAGACGAGAAGCAACGGUAGUCGAACCGAUGUUCCAUUAAAUCUGGUUCGAAAACGUCGAUAUGUUCGAUUUCCAACCGGCCCAGCUGGCUACAUGUUCGAGGGUGGUGGCCCUCCGAUUGGGAGGAACAUCGGCGUGCCACCCAGUGUACGAUACCCCAACUGGAGACAGCAUAAGGCUCUGUGGAGAAGUCCCAUGGCCGAUUUCAACACAAGACCUGUGAUGGGCCAUCGCACCCCACGAUUGAUAUUCCGCGAUAACGAUUUUCCACCCCCGGUGGCCGGCAGCGCGGCCUCCUUUUUCCAGCAGUCCAACCAUUUACCGGAUUUCGAAGACGAGAUCAGAGAUCAUCGAAAGCAAGCGCUCGACGACUAUCCCAGGUUAGAGUCAGAACCGCGUCAGCAAAGUAGACCGCUGUGGAAGGGUGACGAUACGUUGUGCGGUGACGGACGAAGCUGCGAAUUUUUUCUUAUGUGCUGGAUGUCCGCUGGCCUACUGGACGGCAGUUGCGGCGGCAUCAUGUUCGCUUGUUGUCAGCGACGCGAGCCGAAAGGUAGCCACGAUUUUAACCUGAUCGAGGCGCCUAGAGAUCAGUCUCAGCCGCUUCCGUUGGAUACUUACACGGAUACAGCCAAUGACGACCGCUGCGGGAUUCCCGCCUCGAAGCAAACCGCGCAGAGGAGAAUCGUCGGCGGGGACGACGCAGGCUUCGGCAGCUUCCCUUGGCAGGCGUAUAUACGGAUCGGGUCCAGCAGAUGCGGCGGCACUCUUGUUAAUCGAUUUCACGUAGUCACUGCAGGCCAUUGCGUAGCCAAGGCGACUGCUCGCCAAGUCCAAGUCACGUUAGGAGACUACGUAGUGAACUCCGCCAGUGAAUCACUGCCAGCGUAUACUUUCGGCGUCCGAGAGAUUCGCGUUCAUCCCUACUUCAAAUUCACACCCCAAGCCGACAGGUUUGACGUGGCUGUCCUCCGGUUGGAUAGGCCGGUCCAUUACAUGCCUCACAUAGCUCCAAUCUGUCUGCCUGAGAAGAAUGACGAUUUCCUCGGACAGUACGGCUGGGCUGCUGGAUGGGGCGCGUUGCAGGCCGGAUCAAGGCUGCGCCCGAAGACUCUCCAAGCGGUGGACGUGCCUGUGAUAGACAAUCGAGUCUGCGAGAGAUGGCACCGAUCGAACGGAAUCAACGUCGUCAUCUACGACGAAAUGAUGUGCGCCGGUUACCGCGGCGGUGGCAAGGACUCCUGUCAAGGCGACAGCGGUGGACCACUGAUGCUGGAGAAGACAGGAAGGUGGUACCUAAUAGGCAUCGUGUCAGCAGGCUAUUCCUGUGCGCAACCGGGCCAACCGGGGAUCUACCAUCGCGUGGCUAAGACCGUCGACUGGAUAACAUACGUCAUCAAUUCCUAGCCAGGAGUCAACGAAUGAAUUGACGGUGAAACGAAAAACAAAGAAACUUUGCAUGAAACAAAGUUUACCGACGGUGAUCGAACGAUGAUCUGACACUGUGCAAUCGUACGUGUAUCGACGUGAAAAGUGAUAUGAAAUCAGGGACAGAGUCGUUACGAUUGGAAGAGUCUGAACAGUCGCCAAGCGUGUUGAUUUUUUAGUGCAAUUAUAUAUUUUUCUAACGAGAGGGGGGAAAGAUUGUAACGUUUGACUCUGCUUCUCGAAUUUGAAGUGUGACGAGAACACGAAUUUAUUUCGUACAUAAAGUGCGUGUGAUAUUCGUCUUAAUAAACGUUUCACUUCUA